AUGAAGGCGAGUCUCUGGGUCCCGAUAACCACGCUGCUGCUGCUCCUUGGCUUCUGUCACAGCCACUUGGAGCCGGGACGCAACAUCGAACCGAGACUUGACCGUCGCGGGAUGGACGCUGAAUCUGGUGGGUUUGAUGACGAAUUUCCGGAACAUGUCUACCGCGGCGAGAUACAGAGAACCCCAGAACAAGUUCAAAAGGAUGGGGGCUUCUACUCGCGAGGUAUGCAGAGAAUAAUCUCAGGUGAUACACUGUCAUGGAAAGAAUUGGAAGACGGUAGUAGCCUGUUUCGUCAUGCGGCAGGAGACAGUGCUCAAUUUACACGUUAUGUCUCGACGAGCGCUGACCCUGCAACAUCACUUACGUUCGCUGUCAAUGACGAAGAUCCAGGCGAGAAGGGCCAUAUCUCUUGGAAAAUAUUCGCCAUACCCCGCGCAAAACGAGCAGCUAUUGGUUUUGUUCCAUUUGAGCAGAUUGAAGGCUGGUGGGAAGUCACAUAUGAGCAUGACUUUUCUAACCCUCAAGUUGGAAAGAAAACUCAGGACAAGCUGCAAAAGCUAGGAGGUAGUGGCGAAGCACCACAGCUCGCUGGCUUCCCUCGACUAUCUACAGCUUGGGACGAGGACACUUGGAAGCAAUUCAAGGCACUGCCUGUGAGCAAAAGUCUAGACGACAUGAUUGAUGCGCUGUGUACCGGCAAGGACAACUGCAUCAAGCAGCUUGGCCAGCAGGAAAGGAAACCGACGGAGCCACACGCUUCUCUCAAUGGGCAGACAUUGGUGGGAUUUAAUAUUCUGGCACGAUAUUUACGCAAUGUGCUGAACCAGCUGCGAGAGUGGGAUCACCCGAUUGGGUGGGCUGUGAAGGAGCUUGAUGAUAGUAUUAACGGAUUCCAGACGCUGAUCAACUUCUUUAAGCAGGUCUUUUGGAUACUGGUGGGCCCGAGGAUGCGGCCGCAAGACCUGCAGCUCCUGUCAUACGGGAAGAGAGAUAAGAUGCGAUUGAUUGGCGUCAACGACGUUCUCCGCAUCUGCGAACGCGUUGAGGGGACCCUGCCGGACCAACAGCAGCUGAGGAUGAAACUGAAGAAUGCUUGUACCGACGUCCGUACGAAGGCAAUGGAGGUGGAGAUGCCAAAGGCAGCAGAGCUUGAGAUAGGACGUGCUGCCUGUAGCGUCUGCGGGCUGAGCUGGGACCCUCGAGAUGGUCAGUGUCAGGACAAGACGGGGGCAAUCCUCUGGCCACGAGAGCCGCCUUCUGAAUCAACGUGUCGCAAUGAUGACAGCGCCGAGUGUGGAGGUGGGCAGACGGCAGCAGAUCUCCAGACAGGACAGGCUGUCUGUGGUAUUUGCGGCUCUAACUGGUACCCAGACGAAGGCAAAUGCGGGGAUACGGCCGGGGCGCUGCUCUGGCCGUUCAAAACGUGUAGCGAUGAAACUGGCCGAAUCCAGUGCGAAGGUGGGCAGACGACAGCACAGCGCGAGACAGGCGAAGCUGUCUGUAGAGCUUGCGGGAGUUAUUGGGAUCCAGAGGGCAGCAAAUGUAGGGAUAGGGCUGGGGUGCUGCUCUGGCCUCCGCGGCACUUGCCGAGCAUACAGCCUCUACGCCCAUCGAAAAACCGUCGCGGCGGUAAUGACAUACCAGCCGUGCCAAAGAAGGCAGAGGGUGGCGGAGGUCGAGCGAGGUCGAACUAUCUGUGGAAUUUGCAGGUUUUCGUGGGACUUGAAAGCCGGUAA